GUUUCGCCGAUAUAGUGUGUAAUGUGUAUGAUGGGGCGACUGACGCUUAACUCCGCAGAGUGUUAAUACUUGUGACAGGUGAAUGGCAUUGUACGCUAGAUGCAUGUGCCUACUGUGCGGAAUGAAAGUUUUAAUUGCAUGUGGCAUUAGGGAGAAAAUUCAGUCACAUUUCCUUUUAUCAUUGAGAGGAUGUGAAAUCUAUUGAGCCUUCAACAUGGACCAAAAUGCAAAAAAUAGAACACAGCUGUUGGAUGCUGUAUAGUUUUUCAGCUCUCAUGUGGUGAAAGCAUAUGCAUGUGCAUGUGCAUGUAUUGCUGUAUAUACUUCUCCAUUGCAGUGCAUCUAUUUUAUGAGAAUGGGCCUAGUGAUGUCAUUACAUUGAAGUAGUCUGAAGCUUCUAUGCAUUGUACAUGUACAUGGUAAUGCACAUUCGUCUGUUAAUUAUCCGUGUCAAGCGACAUGUUUUUCUGACAAUAUUUAUGUUCAGUUUGGUUGCUGUAUUGGGCUUCAUAAGUCACAAAUGGCGGAAUAUGAUUUUGAACCUAGAUUUACCAAAUAGAAGACAAGCCACUAUUGUACAACCAUUUGUUAUCAAGACUGACCUUUUGAAAGAGGAAAAUGUACAAAAGCUACUGUCAAGCAAGUCUUACCACCUUACCACAGAGAAAAUACUCAAUGAAAAAAUUGCUAAAGCAAAAAGGUUUUAUCAAAAGAUGCAACAUAUAUCACAAAAAAUGAAGAAAUAUCGUAGUAAUAGUAACACAGAGCAAAACAGAACUGUGAGUACAAAACUGAACUAUGAUGUACAUAUAUUUUAUUAUGUGUGGUAUGGAAAUUUAGUAGUUGAUCAUGAGUGGAAACACUGGAAUCACAGGUACCUACCAAACUGGAAAAGAGAAGAUAAGAGAGUUUACCCUACAGGCAGUCAUCAGCCUCCUACAGACAUUAGCUCGAACUUCUACCCAGCACUUGGAUGUUACAGCUCAAGAGAUAAUAAUAUUAUUGAUGUGCACAUGAGACUUCUAAGAGAUGCUAACAUUGGUGUACUUGUCAUCUCAUGGUAUCCACCAGGAAUGUCUGAUACCGAGGGUGCCUCAUCAGAUUCACUAGUUUCAGUUUUGCUGGACAUUGCUAAUAAAUAUGACCUCAAGAUAGCACUGCAUAUUGAACCAUACAGUGGCAGAAAUCCUAUCAAUCUUGCAAAAUAUUUACAAUACAUUGCAACUCAGUAUGCAAGUCAUCCAGCCUUCUACCGUAGACAACAUAGAGGAAAGAAACUGCCUGUGUUUUACAUUUAUGAUUCCUAUCUAACUCCUUCUGGAACAUGGAAAGAGCUUCUCAGCAAUAAAGGAAACCUUAGUGUUCGUGGAACAAAACUGGAUGGAAUAUUCCUUGGGCUCUUGGUAGAUGUUCAACACAGAUAUGAAAUAAAGAAGGCACACUUUGAUGGUUUCUACACAUACUUUGCUAGCAGUGGAUUCACAUAUGGAUCAUCAUGGAAAAACUGGCGAAGUCUUAGUAAAUUUGCAUAUCAGAAUAGUCUUAUAUUUGUUCCAUCUGUUGGUCCUGGGUAUAUUGAUACCCAGAUUAGACCUUGGAAUGUCGCAAAUAUCAGGCACAGGCGCCAUGGAAAAUACUAUGAGGUUGCUUGGCGAAGUGCAAUAACUACCCAACCUAAAAUAAUUUCAAUAACUUCAUUCAAUGAAUGGCAUGAGGGAACACAGAUAGAACCAGCCUUACCGAAGUCCACUCCCUCAUUUACGUAUCUAGAUUAUGAACCUGAAGGUCCAUAUUUUUAUCUAAAUUUGACUAAAUGGUGGAUAAAUGAAUUCACAAAAAGAACACAGGACGACAGCACCAGAAUUUAAUAUUAACGUUAAUGUUUCAUUGAUACUAUGUGCGUACUUUUUAAUGGUAUGAAUCUAGCAAAUUGCCACUGUAAUUACUCAAGAGUUGUGUGAUUGUAUCUAGUUGACAGAAUCAGUGAAUCCCAUACCAUCAUGUCACUUGCAUCCAGAAAACUGAUUUCCACAUGAAAAUGCCAUAUGACUAUAUAUGUAGCUUUUAAAUAGAUAUUAUUUUCAAAUAAAAUUUUGCUAACUUGCU